AUGUCUCGUUCUCUCGAUGGCAAGCUCGGAAUCGUGACCGGUGCCUCUCGAGGCAUCGGCGUUGCCAUCGCCGAGCACCUCGCCGCCAAAGGCUGCAACCUCAUCCUGGGCUACACCUCCCCCUCUUCCCAAUCCCCAGCCGAACAACUCGCAACAGACCUGAGCACAAAACACAACAUCCAGACCCUCGCGGUCCAAGCCGACAUGGGCACGCCCGAAGGACCCCAAUCCCUCGUCGCAACCGCAAAAGCCCACUUCGAAAAGCUCAACACCAGCAAGAAAUUCCAAAUCGACAUCCUCAUCAACAACGCAGGCGUCGCCCAAAACAACCUCCUCCCCGCCAUAACAGUCUCCCAAUUCGACGUCUCCUACCGCGUAAAUGUCCUCGGCCCUUUGCUCCUAACCCAAGCCGUCCAACCUUACCUGCCCCAAGACCGCUCCGGCCGCAUCGUAAACAUGUCCUCCGUCAGCUCCUCCGCCGGCUUCCCCGAACAGAGCGUCUACGGCGGCACAAAGGCCGCCCUCGAGGCCAUGACGCGCACCUGGGCCCGCGAGCUCAGCGAGAACGCCACCGUCAACGCAAUCAACCCGGGCCCCGUGCUCACCGAGAUGUACGCGGGCAACACGCCCGAGUUCAAGCGCUUCAUCAAGGGCUUCAUCGAGCACGCGCCGCUGAUGAAGGCCAGGCAGGGGAUCGACUCGGACGAGCUGGUCAAGGCCGCUGAGGAGGAGGGCGGGAGGCCGGCGUACGUUGGGGAGAUUGCGGGUAUUGUGGGCAUGCUUGUCUCUGCGGACUCUGCGUGGUGCACGGGACAGGUUGUUUGUGCUAACGGCGGUAUGUUUUUCGGGUUGCAGUAG